AUGCUUGAAGACUUCGAUUCAGAACUAGAGAGGACUUGGGACGAAGUGAUACAGAAGAGCUUUGACGAGGAUGACCGGCCAGCCGCAAUUGACAUACAGCGCCACCCACUGAUUGAAGCAGUCAUUCAAGGAAACGUCUCCUCGGUACGUGAGAUGAUCUCAAACGGCCAGAACGUGAACGAGGUGGUGCAAGGCUUAGGCACACCGCUCAUAUGGGCCGCCAUUCAAGGUCACGAUGAUAUUGUGCACGAGUUGCUAGAGGCGGGGGCAGACGCCGACCUCAAUGAGUAUAGUGAUGUUAAUGCACGAGAAAACGCUAUCGUCCUCCACAUUGGACUGGUGGAAAGUUUGCAAGAGGAACUCGCGACCACCACGCUCGAUUCAGUGAACGAGUCACUAGUCUGCAGGGCAAUAUGUGAGCACCGGCGAAUUAUCGGUCGACUGCAGGGUCGGUAUGAUGAUUUCACUUCAUAUGGAAACACCGCUCUUAUGUACGCAGCAAUGAACGGACAUGGUUCGAUAGUCCGUGACCUCCUGCUUGUCGGCGCUGAUGUGAACAUGCUUGGAUCCGACGGCCUCUCCGCCGUGUGUCCUAUUCGAGAUGACUAUCUCUUCACGCAGACCGGCAACUGGAUCCUCGGCAACCACGACGAAGAAGUAUUUAAGUCACCUGAGUUGGAGAACGAAGACCAUCUGAUUUCUUUGCAGCCUCUCAUCAUGGAGCCACAUGAGAGUGACAACUACAAUGAAAUAACAGGUCUUCUUGAGAAGCCUGAAAACCUUGAUCUACUCGCACGAAAAUCUGCUGAAGAGAGGCGCACAUGGUUCAGAGGGUUUUUGGUGGCUGAUAGACCUCUCGAGUUGUGUGAGUCACGAGUUCCGGAAUCAGAGCCGGUGGAACGUGCGCUUCGCUUUUUUAUGGCAAAGGCGGAGAUCAGGGGAUUGGAAAGACAGUUUGCUGAAGAAGCCAGGCGGGUGUUUUACGAAGAAAAUACGAUUGUCGUAUGGUCUGGAGUUUUAGAGAGCUUCUUGGAAGGAAGUUACGGGGACAAUGCAAGUGACAUUCCGGUAUGCGAUCUUGUGCGGCAAACGACUAUUAAAUUCAUUUCUUAUGUGGAAGUCUUUGAAUUUCUUGAAGACAUCAUUCGAAAACAUCGUCCUUUUAUGCAGGGCGUAUCACUGAAAGUCGAGACCGAUCGAGCAAGACAUGGCACUGCUCCGGGGAAGUUGCGAAUGUUGUGCGUUAUCGUGAAGAUCUUACUAUUCGUUCUUUACCUUCUUAUUGCAUGGAUGGUUCUCUCUUUGGUCCGACUGACGCAAUGGAUCGGAAGCAUGUUGAUUGGCCGCCACACAUAA